ACACUUAUUCUCUACUACAUGCAAACCAUCAAAAGUUGCACAUAAAUCACAACAUGGCUUCUUUUACAUCAUCCUUGCUACCAAAUCAUAAGUUCCGAAUAAAACUAUUGUUCUUCCUGAUCUUAAACCUCUUCCAUCUUCAUACUUUAGUGUUUGCCAAUUCAUCUAACUCAAAGUUCUCAAAAUUCUCAAGACACCCAAACUCAGAGUCAUCAUCAUCAACCAAACACUCAAACGAUGGGUUUCUCAACUCAGUCCAAAGCAGCUUGGACCAGGCUCUCUUAGCCCGUUCUCUCGCCUUCAGACUCACGCUCUCGCAGCGUACUUCUCAAACCCUCAUGCUCGAUCCUGUCGACGACUGUCUUGAGCUGCUAGACGACACACUCGACAUGCUGUCUCGCAUCGUUGUCAACCCUAAAGAUCAUGCAAAUGAUGAUGUCCAUACGUGGCUAAGCGCUGCGUUGACUAAUCAAGAGACUUGUAAGCAAAGCCUCAGUGAGAAAACGAGCUUCCAUAAAGAAGGGUUCACGAUUGAUCCGGUUGUAAGUAACCUCACCAGUUUACUAACCAAUUCGCUAGACAUGUUCGUUUCCUCUAAACCGAAACGUCGUGAAAAUGGUGGCCGGAAACUAUUGUCCGGUCAGGAUUAUCCAACGUGGGUUUCUUUGUCGGACCGGAGGCUUUUGGAAGCUUCGGUGGAAGAGCUGAGACCUCACGCGGUGGUGGCUGCCGACGGAAGCGGGACACACAUUAGCGUAGGGGAAGCGUUGGCGUCUUUGGAGAAGGGGAGUGGUGGCAGAAGCGUCAUCCACUUAACAGCUGGAACCUAUAAAGAGAAUCUGAAUAUUCCGACCAAGCAGAAGAACGUCAUGUUGGUUGGUGACGGUAAAGGCAAAACAGUUAUUGUCGGUAGCAGAAGUAACAAAGGCGGGUACGAUACUUACCAAUCCGCUACUGUCGCCGCUAUGGGAGACGGAUUCAUAGCUCGGGAUAUAACCUUCGUGAACAGUGCGGGACCAAACGCAGAGCAAGCGGUAGCAUUACGGGUCGGGUCAGACAGAUCGGUUGUCUACCGAUGCUCCAUCGAUGCUUACCAAGACACACUCUACACUCUGUCCAAACGACAGUUCUAUCGUGAAACCGACAUUACCGGCACCGUCGACUUCAUCUUCGGAAACUCCGCCGUCGUUUUCCAAAGCUGCAACAUCGCUUCACGAAAAGGCUCGUCGGAUCAGAACUACGUCACGGCACAAGGAAGAUCCGACCCGAACCAGAAUACCGGUAUUGCGAUUCAUAAUUGCAGAAUAACCGGUUCGACCGGGACUUACUUGGGUCGACCGUGGAAGGAGUAUUCGAGAACCGUUGUGAUGCAAUCGUUUUUGGACGGUUCGAUUCAUCCUUCGGGUUGGUCUCCUUGGUCAGGUAGUUUCGCUUUGAAGAGUCUGUACUACGGAGAGUUUGGUAAUUCGGGUCCUGGAUCAUCGGUUUCGGGUCGGGUUAGUUGGCCUGGAUAUCAUUCGGCGUUGACGUUGACUGAGGCUCAAGGAUUUACUGUCUCAGGGUUCAUUGGUGGGAAUUCAUGGUUGCCACCAACCGGUGUUGUUUUCGACUCUGGUCUUUUAUGAUGUUAUCUAAACUUUAUUCUCAGCAGGUAAUGCUUCAAAUUGAUUAUAAUUAAUCAGUGAUAUAGUUGAACAAAAGAUUUGUAAUCUACAACGCUUUUGUGUAUUCAAAGUGUUUUGGUGUUUGGUUUUAUACUCUUUUUUUUCAUCUUAUAUAGUUUGGUUUUAUACUCUUACAUUUGUAUUUAUCCUGUCGUAAAUAAAGUGUUAAAGUUGGUAUUGUA